UUUUCCGCGGUACACGGAAGGUUUGUUCGUGAAGAAUGAAGACCAUUUUUCGCGUCCAAUGAGAGUAAAGGCAUAAUCUCCAACUUAUACGUACGCUAGCUUUCGUUUCGUGGCUUCACGAUGAGAAUUACGUGAAAGAGAGAACCUGAACCAUUACAUGAUUAAAAACUGCUAAUACCGGAACAGUUAUGUCGAAGUUUGAUCCCUACACUCACCUCAGAAUCGCUCUCAACUCCGACGGUUCGAUCACCCGUUGUCUCCAGCUCCCGAAGGUCAAGGCAAACCCUGUCGCCGGUCCCGAUGACGUUGUGGUCUCCAAGGACGUCACCAUCAACGUCGAGACUAAGACAUGGGUCCGGAUCGUUCUGCCAACGAAAUUGCCUUCCAAUGAUCACAACACCGUCGCCCGGCUUCCGAUCAUCAUUUACUUCCGCCAUGGAGGCUGGGUCCUCUUUAGUGUCGACGACGCCUCCAUCCACAGGGAAUGCUUGCGCUUUUCCAGUCGCCUCCCGGCCAUCGUCGUAGCCGUGAACUACCGCCACGCGCCCGAGAAUCGUCUCCCGGCACAGUACCACGACGCCAUGGACGCAAUCUGCUGGGUAAAAAACCAGGCAAUAAACCCCGAAGGUGAGCAGUGGCUCAGAGAUUACGGAGACUUCUCGAGGUGUUAUCUUUACGGUUGUGGAUGUGGUGGAAACAUCGUCUUCUCCGCAGCUUUAAGGUCUUUUGAGCGGGAUUUGGAGCCCCUGAAGAUUGUCGGGCUUAUAAUGAACCAACCCCUGUUUGGUGGUGAAAAAAGAACCAAAUCCGAGUUAGACCACGCCGCCGACGAGAUCUUGCCUCUGCCUGUGCUCGACCUCAUGUGGGAACUCGUUUUGCCAAAAGGGCUCGAUCGUGACCAUCGGUAUUGUAAUCCGAUGAUCAUGGGUCCGCACAGGAGUCAGAUCUGCCGGCUGCCCAAGUGUUUGGUGGUGGGAUAUUAUACCGACCCAACGAUCGACCGGCAGCAGGAGUUUGUGACGAUGUUGGCAACGUCCGGGGCGAAUGUAAGUGCAUGGUUCGAUGAUGCUGGGUUCCAUGCUAUUCAUCUUCUGGACCCUCAGCGAGCCGCCGAACUAGUAGAUACGAUCAAAACAUUCAUUAUUGGAUGUUAGUUUGUUUCUUUUAAUAAUGUAGUGGUGUUCGGUUUUACUACCCCAACCACAAAUGAAUAUUGUUCUAAUGUUGAGAACCUGUAUCUUAUUACCCAAUGGAUUUCCUUCCCAACGUCGAAUAAAAAAAACAUAGACCAGUCAUUUUAUGGAAUAGCUAGCUUGCUGCAUGCACUCUCUCCCCAUAAUUGAUGUCAAUGUCAUUCAUAACCAUCAUGCAGUUUAUGCAA